GAUAUUCAAAGCUCAAACCUUUGGGCAUUUUCUGAGUUUUUGGUCAAGAAAAAAUGGCUUUUGAUGAUAAAAAUGGGGAACAAAAAGAGGCUGAGAUAGCCAAGCAGAAGGCCAUCGACGACUGGCUUCCAAUCACAUCUUCCCGGAAUGCGAAAUGGUGGUACUCUGCUUUCCACAACGUCACGGCCAUGGUGGGAGCUGGGGUCCUCAGUCUUCCUUAUGCCAUGUCUCAUCUGGGAUGGGGUCCUGGAGUGGUUAUACUGAUUUUGUCAUGGGUCAUUACAUUAUUUACCCUUUGGCAAAUGGUGGAAAUGCAUGAGUCAGUGCCGGGGAAGCGGUUUGAUAGGUACCAUGAGCUUGGGCAGCAUGCAUUUGGUGAAAAGCUUGGCCUAUGGAUUGUGGUGCCCCAGCAGGUGAUAGUUGAAGUUGGUGUUGAUAUUGUCUACAUGGUGACGGGAGGGAAAUCAUUGAAGAAGUUCCAUGACACAGUUUGUCCUAACUGCAACCAAAUCAAACUCUCAUACUUUAUCAUGAUCUUUGCUUCUUCCCACUUUGUCCUUUCCCAUCUCCCCAAUUUCAACUCCAUAUCCGCAGUCUCACUUGCGGCUGCUGUCAUGUCCUUUAGUUACUCUACAAUUGCAUGGGCAGCUUCCAUUGCUAAAGGAGUGCAGCCAGAUGUGGACUAUUCAUAUAGUGCUUCCACCUCCAGUGGAGCUUUCUUCAAUUUUCUCACAGCAUUGGGUGAUGUAGCUUUUGCUUAUGCUGGGCAUAACGUGGUUCUGGAGAUCCAGGCAACAAUUCCUUCUACCCCAGAAAAACCUUCCAAGAUCCCUAUGUGGAAAGGUGUUGUUGUUGCGUACAUUAUUGUUGCCCUGUGCUACUUCCCUGUUGCUCUGAUUGGAUAUUGGUUUUUCGGAAACUCCGUGGAUGACAACAUCCUCAUCACAUUGGAGAAACCUGCUUGGCUCAUUGCAGCAGCGAACAUGUUUGUUGUUAUCCAUGUCAUUGGAAGCUAUCAGAUUUAUGCCAUGCCGGUUUUUGACAUGUUGGAGAGCGCCUUGGUUAAGAAACUGAAUUUCACACCUUGUUUCAGGCUUCGCUUAAUUACCCGCAGUUUAUAUGUUGCCUUCACAAUGUUUGUUGCCAUAUGCAUCCCAUUCUUUGGAAGUCUUCUCGGCUUCUUUGGUGGAUUUGCUUUUGCCCCAACAACAUACUUUCUCCCUUGCACCAUGUGGCUUGCCAUCUACAAACCCAAAAGAUUCAGUUUCUCUUGGAUGGCCAAUUGGAUAUGCAUCAUUCUUGGUUCUCUGUUGGUGAUUUUAGCUCCCAUCGGUGCACUAAGAUCGAUCAUCAUAUCAGCUAAAACCCUUAAGUUCUUCUCCUGAAUGGCACAGGGCGAGCUAAUAUCAAACAUGAUACAUGUUAUAUCAUAAAGCCUGCAAUAUUUUGAAGAAGGAAGCAGAAGCCAUAUGUUGAGUUUAAUGGGGUUGUCUAUGAAUAGAGUUUGGCUAUUUGUCUUGUUACUUGAAUUUUUUAUACCAUAUGUUGUUGGGUUGGUACUUGGACAGGAGUUUAGAUAAAAAUUCAAUUAUUUA